AUGAAGACUAUGUGGGAAACUGUUAGGAAAAACAAAAAUACAAGCACUGGUAUGAAUACGUCAAAAGAACCCAAUGAAUUCAACGACUUGUUCUGUACCAUUACGAAUAAACUGUUAGAAAACUUGGAUGCAGGAGAGCUACAUCCAGAAAGUAAUAUAGUUCCACCAAUGCGCCACUUCAACUUUGAAAAAGUAUCAUUUAAUGACGUCAGAGAUGCUAUCAAUUCUCUUAAAAGAAAGAACUCUAAAGAUAUUUAUGAUAUGAGCACUCUUUUAAUAAAAAUGAUCAAAAAUCAGAUCGUAAUGCCUCUAACCAAAUUAAUUAAUAUUUGCAUUGAGUGUGGCAUAUUCCCGGACUGUUUAAGACGUGCAGUUUUCACAAAUGGCGAUACUGACAAUAUCGCAAGCUAUCGCCCAAUAUCAUUACUUAUGGUCUUACAUUUUGAAACUGAUAACAUGUUCUAUUUGAACCAGUUUGGAUUUCGGUCUCAAAAAAACACGACCUUCGCAGUUUUGGAGUUGGUCGACGACAUAAUUGACGCUUUUGAAGAAAAAGAAUUCUUGCAGACCAUAUUCUGUGAUUUGAGCAAGACAUUUGACUGUGUAUCACAUACCAUCUUAAUCAGAAAGCUCAGAAUGUAUAACAGCUUCUUGCGACCUAAUCAAUACGUAUUUAAAACGGAAUUAAAACGUCAGAUGAAAAGCAUAUUGAACACGGUUGCUCUUUAA